GGCGGACGCUUCAGGCGCUCCUGGCGGAGCUGCCGACGCCGCGCUGCGCAAUUUCGCAGCUGGCGCUGGCCACCGCGGAUCAGCUCCUAAGCGACGCGGGCGAAUCCGACGAGGGCGUGGCGUUCGCCAAGCUCACGGCUGCGGGCUCCGUGUUGGACUUGAUGGCGGUGAUGAACAAGUGCAGCCACCUUCUCAAGGUGUCACUGGCGGUGCGCGGCGUGCUCAGCGCUGUGGCGGUACUCCAGGAGGAGUGGCUGCUGCAGCCCCUCCUGGAGCCUGUGGUGGCCCCGGCCUUCCUGGCCGCCACGGCCGCCCAGGCGGCCACGGCGCCGCUGCCCGGCGGCGCCUGCGAGCUGCUGCAGCACUGCGCCUUGUUGGCGUGCGACGAAAGUGAGCACUCCCAGAGGCUCCUUUGCGCUGCCUCCUGCGGCUUUCUGAAUGUUUGCCGUGCGCUGGCCAUGGAGGCUGCGUACUCGCAGGCGGAUCGGCUCUUGCUGCAGGAGGCGCAGUGCCGGGUGCGCGCGGCGGCGGCCAAGGCCGCGCGGGCGGCGGCCGCGGAGCUGAAGAGCGAGCUGGCGGGCGAGGCGGAGCCUUCGACCUCGGCAAAGCCAACGGGCCGGGAGUCGGCGAUCCAAGCCGCGGUGGAUGCGGCAGCCUCUGAAGCAGACAGGCAAUGCAAGGAGCUUGACGCCUUGCGCGGGGAGAUCCUGUCAGGACUUUGGACUUCUUGCAAGUUUCGAGGAAGCCAAGGUCGGAGGCUGCUGCAACGAUGGGAUGCCCUGGCCAAGGCAGUGAGAUGCCAGCCGCCUAUUUCUCCCGGUCGGACAAUGGAUGUGCUAGAUGCAGACUGGGAGCGGAUGGAGGAUGGCAUGCACCUGAACGACUCCCUCUUGAACCUCUUCAUGUCAUCCCUGGUUGGGCUCUUGGGAGGGUCGCGGAUCCACGCCUUUAGCUCGCACUUCUUUACCAUGCUGGCUGGUCCGGACUUGGAGGUCGAUGUGCCGGAUGGAUGGCAACGGGUGAAGACUUGGACCAGGGCGGUGCGGCGCAGGUUUCUCACAGGGAUCUUCGCAUGCGACUACCUGCUGUUGCCAUUGCACCACGAGGCAGAGCGCCAUUGGUCCUUGGCAGUGGUUUGCAGACCUUGGGCCUGCAUUGAUCUGGCAAGCUCUGUUACGCCCUCGUACACGACCAUUGCCUUUCUGGACUCUUUGCGUGCUCCUGGCAGUCAGGCUAGAGAGGAGGCUGUGGUGAAGACUUUGCGCCAGUACCUGCAGUGUGAGUGGUCUGACUGCGGGGAAGCUGGCUGCUUCCGGCCCGAGCGAGUCAAGGCCGUGCCCAUCCACGUGCCGCAGCAGCCCAACGACUUCGACUGCGGCAUCUAUGUCUUGGAGUUCGUGCUACAGCUUCUCCAGCGUCCCUGGCGCCUCACGGCCCUUGGCAAGCGUCCGGUGAACUUCCAGGUCUCAGAGCCCCGGCCGCGCUGGCGCCGGGCGGCGCAGCUGCUCCGAGGCGAGGGGCGUGAAUCGCGCGCUGCUUGCGCUCGGCACUGGCUGAAAGCGCUUGCUGAUGACCAGGAGAAGAGCGAAUGACCGGACCGGUGCAGUUGACCGGACGGGCUUUUCAGGGCUUGGGGCUGGCUGUCGAAAAGGCCCACAUGU